UGUCUGCGACACUGUGCCUUCAUCUCCGCUGUGUCACCCGAUCGGCGGGAGUGCGCGACCUGCAGCCAUGGCUCUCUUCAGGAAGAAGGAGAAGAAAAAGAAGAAGAAGAACCCGGCGGGGGUCGGCAGGAGGAUGGCCGGCAAGAAGGGGGCGAUUGUGCAGCUGCAGGCGGAGAUCAACACCGACGAGGAGUGGGACAAGAUCCUGGCCAAGGAGGGCCUGCUCGUGGUGGACGUGUACUCGGAGUGGUGCGGGCCCUGCCUCGGCAUGGUGGGCACCCUCAAGAAGCUCAAGCUGGAGGUGGGCGGCGAUCUUCUCAACCUGGCCAUCGCUAAGGCGGACGGCAUCGAGUGUCUGAAACGCUUCCGGAAUAAGAGCGAACCCACGUGGAUGUUUAUCGGGAGCGGGCACCUGGUGAACCUCAUGUUCGGCGCGAACGCGCCCCGCCUGAGCCGGCUGAUCGUGGAGGAGCUGGAGAACGAGAGCAAGGUGCUGCGCGGGGAACGCGAGAGGGCCGCGCUGCCGUUUGACGAGCUGACGGAGGAGGAGCGCAUCCGGCACGAGGCCCAGGAGAAGAAGCGGCUGGCUGCACUCGCCAAGGAGCAGGCGGCUCAAGAACAGGCUAGAAGGCGGGAGGAGCGCCGGAGGAUGCGCUCGCUGAAGGAGCUGCUGCGCGCCGUGGGCCUGGUGGUGUACCUGCAGGCGGCAGACCCCGAGGCCUGCGAGCCCCGGGCGGACGUUCUGCGCAACCUGGAGGAGGCGGGCCUCCAGCCCAAGGAGCAGCUCUCCCUGGAGGUGCCCGCCGAGAUCGCCGAGAAGCUGUGGGGCGAGGAGGCGGCGGCGGCGGAGGGUGCAGUGAGGUGCGUGGUGGACGUCGUGGAAGUGCCGCCGCCGGGGGCAGAGGAGGCCGCCGAGGACGCUCUGGAGCCCGUGGUGCGCGCCGUCUACGGCGAGACAGACGAGGGCGCCAGCCCGGACAGCCCGGCGGCGCGCUUCCCCACGGUGUGGGCGCCGCGCACCGCGCACGCGCGCGCGCUGGCGGCGUCGCUGCUGCUGCCGGAGCUGGCGGACCGGCUGCUGGGGCCGCCGCCGCCCCCGCCGCCCCCGCGCGCCGUCCUCGUCUUCGACGCCGGCAAGGCCAAGGAGCUGGCCGACGCGCUCGCCGAGCACCGAGAGCUCGUGCUGCGCCGCGCCUACUUCGACGCCUCCGAGCCCGACGAGGCGUCGCGCGUCGCCGACACCGACGAGGACUACCAGGCCGCCGCCGCCGCCAAGCCGCAGACGGACAAGCUGGUGGUGGUGGUGGAGGCGACGCGCGGCGACGCGGUGCUGGCGCUGUCGCAGUUCCAGCCGUGCUACAUCAGCCCGGGGCCGGAGGAGGGCGCCGUCGACGCCGAGGCCUGGUUCCCGCCCUCCGACGACGAGGACGACGACGAGGAG